GAAUAUUCAGUCCUUCAUCAGUGCUUUAGUGAGAUACUUGUGCGUAGUAGCAAAAAAAUCUACCUUUGAAAAUGUAGACUGGGAAUUUUAUUACCUGGUUAAGGAAUUUGAAAGUCAUUUGUUCUAAUAUAGCUACUAAGUAGCAGUUUUUGAACGAAAAGUAUAGAAUGGGCUGAACCCCAUUCGCUUAUUUUUCACCGCUUCCUAAGUGUUCUGGUUUUUGAGAAGAAACGGCGCAAGUUUUAUACAUCUAUGGGAGAAAGAAACUCUCCCGCUGUUUCCUCUCUUCCUGUUUUCAAUAUCAUCUCAUAUAACUAAAUAAGGAUCGUUGAAAGUGUUCGAAGUUAAUACGCCCCACGAUGAAAUUAAAAGUAUUAAAAAAUGUGGUUAUCAUACCAAUCAGCUACCGCAAACUCGAUGAAGAUGCAGGCCAUGUCAACGGCUACACGAACACGGGCGCGAGCCUGGAAAGCGUCGUCACGGAGCAGCCUGUCAACAACAACCACCUCCCGCCGCGAGCCAUCACCGGCAGGGAGGUCAAUGAGGUGCCGUUACAUGCCGAUAAGCUUUAUGAGGUGUUCUCAAAAUCUCUCAUAUUCAGAGAUGACCAUGAGCUGAAAGCGAAGACGGAAAGCCUCAACUCACUUGACGAACUGGAAACGAAAUCUGAACCGGACUACCUUUCAGACAGACCGAACAGGACCAAGGUGUACUUCGAAGAUGAAAUCAAUUCACCAGUCACUGACUUCGAAAUCAUGUUCAAAGAUGAACUGCAGACGAACCACGACAUGUUUAAGAUCGAUGAAGAAGAAGAGAGUGACAGACAGAGUCAGGAUACUGAAGAAGGGCUGACUAUGAACGUGUCUGUCAAGAAACAGGAUGUCAUCAAACCCAGUACCGUUACCAUUAAAGACGAAACGAAGAUCACAACCCUCCAUCCAAUAUACCAGUAUGACCCCGUAUCCAUGGUAGUCUUACCAUCAAGUUUAUCCUUACCGAGAGUGGAAAGCGUCAAGGGAAUCCUGAGGCAAAGAGGAGAUCUCCCAAGAAGUAGUAGCGCGAGGACAUUAGAAAGAGUAGACAGUAGCAGCAAACUGUCACGACCAGUACUUAAUAGGGUGGAGAGUCUGAAGAGUAUAGAUCCUACAAAACUGAACAAGGUACUGUCAAGGGUACCGCAUCGAAGUGCAUCGUUCUUGAACAUACCUGAACACUUAGCGCCAGAGAAGCCUCCUCUAGUCAAAAGCAAAUCGAUGGUAGGAGUCAUGUCGGUGACAGAAGAAUUGAAACUCAGCCAAUUGCCUGACACACCAAUCAUCAAGAGUAACAACCUUCCAAGGUUCUUUGCGGAGGGUCCUCCACUGCCUGAGUACAAGGGGGAGACAAGCCUACAGAGUAUUAAGCAGCAAGCAGCCAUGAUGUACCAGGAAGACUUCAGCAUGCCACGGUACUACGGAACCGUGACCAAGUCUGCAGUCACCGCGGAUCCAUUGCCAGUCCAUGAGAGUAAAUCUAUGCCAGACUUAAGAGGACCGGUCAAUAAUACCGGGAAAGUCAGUAAGAGAUUGGUUAAGCUAAGGAGUCGAUUAAAGCCUUUGGUUAUCAAGAAGAACUCGAAUGAGAAAUUAUAAAUUGAAGAGGAUCUUUGGAAGGAUUAAAAUUAGUAAGGAAGUUGGGUAGCAUGGUCGAAUUUGACUGGGCUAUCCUAGAGGUUAUUUUAACUAAUCUCUACCAAUUGAGAUUGGCGAUGGCUUGGAGUGGAAUUGCACUAAAUACCAGUACUUAACAUUAAGGGAGGUUCUAUCUGAACUGGUCUAAAUGCAAGUCAAGGAAAAACUGCUCAUGUAAGAUAUUUUUGGUUAUGUAAAGAGGCUGUUAGGUACUUACAAAGCACAGGAACGAAUAUAAUGAAAUACUUCAUUCUUUUGAUGACGUAGCACGCUACUAGUUGUAAUCAAAUGAGACGAGAUUUUGUUCUUAAAGAAGCAAUGUAUUUAUUCUGUAAACUGAAAAGUAUUGUGACUUUAAUUUAAGAAAUGUAUAUAAAUAGGUAUUAUGAAUCAUCCCCUAUAUUAGAAUCACCCUCUAUUAAAAAUAUGUAGAUGAUAUACAAAACAAGCAUAACCUAAGCAAUUGUGUACAUUGCUGGUCGUGUUUGCACAAAGUAUACGAACGCAACGAUAUUUCCCUACAUAAAGAGCAAUGAAUAAUGU